ACAAGAUGAAAUACACACCUCUUUAUAUUUUCACUUUUAAACCUUUAUUUUUGGAUACAAACCAUAUAAACUUCAUUUUAAACAUGAAGUUAACCCAUGAAUUUAUGAACAUCUUUCUUAUAUUGAGACUUAUCUGUAAAUAGUUUUUAUCUUAAUUUUAUUCUAUUUCAUAUAGUUUAAUAUGAUAGUCAACAGUCAGAGGUUGUCAGACUUAUCUGAGUCACAAUUUCAGGAAAUCAUCGCACUUAUACGUUAUUCCUCUUUGAAGGCAUCAAAUCUAUCGGCAAAUGUGGCAAUGACAUUCUUGUCUAAUAUGCCAUAUGAUUCCAAGUUCGAGACAUUGCCCAGUAAUGAUCCAAACGGUGCUGAAUUUAGUCGACUUACCAUUGAGUAUUAUGACGAUGACAAGAACAUGACUAUUGAUGACUUCGUAGAUAAUGAACCGCAUAUAAGCAGUGAUGGUAUUCAUAAAUCACGGCUAAAGGAACGUAUAUCAAACUGGAAGAUCAUCUUAAAGAAAAAGAUCAAGAAGCUAUACAGGUUCAGUGAUAAUACUGGUGCAAUUAUUAGUGAUUUAAAUGAAGAUAUUGCUAAAAAGUCGAAGCGCGAAAAAAUUUAUAUCUCAUACGCUGAUUUGAUGGUGCCAAAUUUCUACAACUAUGACCCAAAACAUCUAGAUAUACCACUGCAUAACUACAAGAGAAAGACGAACGAAGCGAUAGAUAUUAAAAUAGUUGGUGCAGAUGAUCAAAGUCAUGAUUAUGAUACGCUUUCUGUGCCGCCGUUUGAAUCAAACGAAUUAUUUAGACAGAAACACCCGUGGUUACACCCUACUCUAUCCUUCACAAAAUUAUGCCGAAUAAAAUAUGAGAUUCUGAGUUUGCCCAUUGUUGUUAGACAUUUGGAUCCAUCGACCGCAGCAAUUGCAUGGACUCUAUUUGAAAGAUUGGUGAUGGUUGGAGUAGUAACAAAAUUUAAUCGAAAGCUUUAUGCUGCAACAUGUGUCAUACUUUCAUACAAAUUUAACCAGGAUUAUGAAUCUGAUGUUUUAAACGAAAUUGUACAAUAUAUAAGCAAAGAACGCAAUAUUGAUCCAAAGACUAUUUUCUACAACGAGAUGAAAAUUUUUACGAUGCUAGACUUUUCUCUAAAGCUCAAAUACAGUUAUAUCCAAGCGCAUAUACACAAUUUUCUCGAUUUGAAUAAUUUGCUGUUUUUUCAGCUAUACGAUGCACCAGAGGCCACAUAUCUGGAACUUGAGGAGUAA